UAACUUGUAGGACUCCCUCUCUCACAUCAGUCUCAGAGGUGUAAAAAUGGCGCCUUUGAAAAACCUGGAGAGGGAAAAUCCGAUGAUCGACGCUGAUUUCCGUGAUUUCUGCGCUUCUCAUGGAAUUUUUACAGUUGAAGAUUUCCUUCUUCAUGAUCUCUACAGACUUGCUGCAUUUGCUGAACGAAAGAAAAAUGCAGAUAGACUGAAGGAGGGAAUCACUCUGAUGCUUAGUAUUAUCGAGAGUGAGUGUCGGCCAUUGUCGAAUGGUAUGGAGAUGUUGAUGGAUAUGCAUAGUAAACACGCUCUUUCGACUGGAAACAGUGGGGUGGACUCAUUACUCCGAGGCGGUUUCCGUGAGGGUCAGUUGACAGAACUUGUCGGGCCAUCAUCUUCUGGCAAAACGCAGGUUUGCUUGCAAGCUGCAGCAAGUGUGGCGGGCAUGCAUAUGGGGAGAGUCUUGUAUAUAGAUACGGGGAACUCUUUUUCUGCCCGACGUGUUGCACAAUUUAUCUCUCCAUGUUCAGAUGCCAAUGUAGAAAAGGAAGUAAUGAGCAGAAUCUCGUGUCAGCCAGUCUAUGACAUAUUUACAAUGUUUGAUGAGCUGCAACGUCUAGAGUUUACUUCACGAUCACAGACUAAUAAGGAGAGUGAAUACCGGUUACGAUUGCUGGUGAUUGAUUCAAUCUCUUCUCUAAUUACCCCAAUCCUCGGGGGCAAUGGUUCACAGGGACGUGCUUUAAUGGUGGCAGCUGGGUAUCUGCUCAAGAAGCUGGCGCAUGAGCAUAACAUUGCUGUACUUGUGACGAACCACACAGUAGGUGGAGGAGAAGGGGGUAAUGCGAAACCAGCACUUGGACAAACGUGGAAAAGCAUUCCACACGUGAGGCUAAUGCUAUCCCGUGACUGUGGGAACUGCCAUUUCACGGUGGCUGUUCUAAAACACACUUGCAUGCCUUCAGGCCAAGCCACGAGGGCCACAAUUCACAAGGAUUAGCGUCCAGACAUGGUUCUGCUUCCAUACAUUUAGAACAAUAUUUGCAUCCAAGAGAUGAAGUCGCUGAUGGAUCAUGAAGAACAAGUUCUCCGAUCUGCCAAACCAGAUUUUCUGUCCGCCGGAGGAGUGCAAGAAGGCUACCGAUUCCCCGGACAUGACAGAAAAAAACUGGACGGUUGUUUUCAGUAUUAGAAGUUAUGAAUCUUGGACCAUCUAUUUUUACAUGUUGUAUAGGAAAAAAUACCGAACAAGACAACUGAUGUAAUUAAACACGAAAUACAAGCAGACCGCCUUAGUCGGGAGUCGACCUGUACUA